AUUGCCAUGGUCCAGCGGCUCUACGUGGGGCGGCUGCCCGAGGAUGUGACCAAGGCCGAGCUUGUCUCGCGCUUCGAGCGCCUCCUCGCCGGCAACGCCGACCUGCGCAUCGACGACGUCCAGCUCAUGGCCAACUCGGCGGCCAACGACUUUGCCUACCUGCAGAUCGCAUCGGCCUCUGGCGAUGCGGCCGCCGAGACUGCAACCGUCGACGCCUUUGUCAAGGCGUACCACAACACCAAGUGGAAGGGCAAGCGACUGCGCGUCGAGCCGGCCAAGCCCGACUUUAUGCAGCGGCUGCAGGCGGUGUGGACCAACGACGAGGUCGCCAAGGCCGAGGUACUCGCCGAGCCGCCGGCAAUGGAGCUAAAGAAGUCCAAGCGCUACAAGGGCAAGCGCAUGCUCUUUGACGACGAUGGCGUCGUCUCGAUCGUGGCGUCGAAGGCUCCCGUGGCGACUACGGUCGUUGCCGAGGCCCCACCGUCGGACAAGGAAGACGCCAACGAGGACGACGGUCACCUGAGCUCUGAGACCUCGGACGACGAAGCCAAGAGCGACGAAGAGGAGGCCUCGGCGGAUGCCAUCGACGACGCGGCCAAUGACGACGACGACACGGUUGAAGCCGAGGUUGAAGUGCCGGUCGCGGACGCCGAGUUAAGCUCCGAGACAUCGGACGAGGACGUUGAUGAGCCGGAGGAUGCGGCCAUGAGCUCCGAGACGUCAGACGACGAAGAUAAAGAUGCCGAGCAAGACGAUGCGGACGCGGCUGUCGAGCAAGACGACGUUGAGGCGGACGAAGCGUCGCCGGCCGACGACAUUGACAUGGAGGCUGAGAUCGAGCUGGAGCUCGCCUACGCGCAGGCGCAAGCAGCUCCAGCAGCAGCAGCAGCAGCAGCGAGCCGGUGA